AUGUUUCUUAAUCAUGUGGCAGGCAACCACACUGCUAAACUUGAUCCAGCUAUUAAGGAAGCUUUCGAUGUCGCCUACAGCAAUAUUUAUGCAUUUCAUGCUGCUCAGAAGUCACCUGAGAAAAGUGUUGAGAAUAUGAAAGGAGUCCAAUGCAAGAGAGUUGCAAGAAGUAUUAAUUCCGUGGGUCUUUAUGUUCCAGGGGGAACUGCUGUAUUGCCUUCAACGGCUUUGAUGCUUGCAGUUCCUGCACAAAUUGCAGGAUGUAAGACUAUUGUUCUUGCAAAUCCUCCCACUCAGGAUGGCUCAACAUGCAAGGAGGUACUGUAUUGUGCAAAGAAGGCUGGCGUGACUCACCUUCUCAAAGCCGGAGGAGCACAGGACAAGCAUGCAAUUCCAUCGCACAUAGCUGCUGAUUUGCUUUCUCAGGCUGAGCAUGGCCCUGAUAGUCAGGUUGUUCUUGUGAUUGCUGGAGAUGGUGUGGAUCAGAAUGCAAUUCAGGAGGAACUCAGCAAGCAGUGUCAGAGUCUUCCAAGAGGCGAAUUUGCUGCGAAAGCACUAAGCCACAGUUUUAUCGUGCAUGCACGGGAUAUGCUUGAGGUAAACUCUUUGUGCACAUUCCUCUCUCUUCUAACUUAGGAAGGAACAUUGACUACACAGUUGAUGGCAAUUAGGAAGAAGGCAGAAGGAACAUUGACUUCACAGUUGAUGGCAAUUAGCAAGAAGGCAGCCGCUACUGCUAAUUGUUGAGCUUAAACAAGCAGCAUACCUAUGUGAUGGGAAUUCGUUGAUAGUAUGAAAGGAAACACAAAAUUGUAUGUUUGAAUUGGUGACGAGUUUGGAUAAAUUACAGUGACACUGCGGUUUCAUUUAAACUUUAAUGUGUAGUUUUUGCUAAAAUCAGAAUGAGUUGCCGGUGAUUCUUCCAAACUUCGCUUCAAUACAAACAUACACACAGUGACAACAUUGACUACCGGUGUAGUUUUUGUAUGAUAUUUAACAUUAACAUCUUUUCCAUUCAAUGUGAAACUCUUACUUAGACUUGUCA